AUGUGUGCCACAGGAUGUUUUCCGCUCGCAAAAUGGGCAAGUAAUUCAACGAAAUUACUCUCUCAAGUCACUCCAGUUGAAACCCAAGAAGAUACACUACGAGAUCUUGGGGAUACUACAGUAAAAGUGGUCGGAUUAACCUGGAAUUCAACACAGGAUAAAUUCCAGUUUGGCUAUUCGCUACCAGAAGCAUCUCCAACAACUAAACGCAUAAUUUUAUCUGAAAUUACUCACUUGUUUGACCCGCUUGGGUUUUUGGUACCGAUCUUCGUAAGAGCCAAGAUGUUCAUGCAGAAGCUAUGGCUGCAGAACUUCGACUGGGAUGCUACGCUAUCGCCAGUUACCAAGAUUCAAAAAUCGCUAUCAAGUGUCAACUGGGAUUUUAUUCCAGUGAAUCUUAAUCCAGCUGACUGCGCUUCAAGAGCUUUAACAGCAGUCAAAUUAGAACAGCAUUCGCUAUGGUGGACGGGACCUAAGUGGCUCAGUCAAUCAAAAGAGAACUGGCCAUUUUUUGACAUCCCUACGCAGACGGUAUCACAUCUUGAAGAACGUCCAGGUCUGGGUUUUACCAUCUUCAAGGCAGAUUCACACCUGCUACACACGCUACUGGAUGAAUUUUCUAAAUUGUCACCACUACUUCGCACGCUUGGAAUCUGCCUACGUGCCAUUGCUAAAUUUGAACAAGUGCCACAGUCCACACUGGCCACACCACUAUCUACAGUUGACCUGAAACUCACAAAGACUUUGCUGAUUAAGUACACACCAAAACAGUACUAUUCGCAAGAGCUGAAACUACUGAAAGAUGGUGAUUCUCUACAACGAAAUCAUCGUCUCGCUGAAUUGAUUCCCUACGUCGACUACAACAGAGUACUCAGAGUCGGCGGUCGCGUGAAGAAUUCGCUACUGGAUGAUGACCAAAAAAAUCCAGCUAUUUUACCAAGAUCAUCACGCUUAAGUACGCUAUUAAUAGAUCAUUCGCAUCAUAGAACAUUCCACGGGAGAACUCAAUUUACUCUCGCUGAUCUACGGAGAUUUGUCUGGAUAGAAGGUGGGCGAGUUCCAGUCAGGUCUCAUAUUCUUCGCUGCGUCGUGUGCACGAGACAUAGAGGCGUUCGUGCAUAA